AGCUCGUUUGUUUAGAAGCUUGAGCAGCUCGAAAAGUCGUUUUCAUGUUUUAUGUCUUUUUAAAAGUUAUUAAACUAUUCUUUUAAUAAGUAGCCAUGAUUAGUUAAUUGUAGUUGUUUCGAAUAUCCUUUGCGAUUCAAGUAAGGUCAGACAAGAUGAGUUCUUCUUCAUCUUCACAGCGUCAGAGGCUUACGCUUAUUGCCCAGUUUGAUGAUAUUUGUAGAUGUUACGAAAUUUUGGCGGAAGGAUGCGAACAAGAUUUCAAGCGCUUCGUGUUGAGCCAGGAAGGUGUGCGACUAAAAUGGCUAGAAGCAGUCAAUGAGUGUCAACGCAUGAAAGGUGCACUUGAGUCGAGUAACAAUGAGAUCUCAACUCUCAAUAAAAAACUGCGCACAGCCAGGAUAAUGCUUGACCGAGAGAAAGCGAUGAGAAGAAAUGCAGAGCGAGAUUUGGCGGCCAUUAUCAGAGACUAUGCAGCAAUGGAUAACUCUGUCACAAAUGCAACCAUGAGGAGUAGAUACAGCGCUGAUGCCAAGCUAGCAGAUGGUCUGAAUACCAUUAGCGAACGGGAUUCCGACAUACGAUCGGAAUUGAGUUAUUCUCGCUCAGAUGAUGAUUUGGAUGUAUCUUACGGAAAGCAAUGGAAAAGAAAUCGGCCACCACCUAUGGCAAGCCCAGAACCUGUCAGUGCAAAGCGAAGGCGCUCAUCUUUAUCCACGAAUACCAACACAAACUCAAAAAGGACUCUAGAGAUUCAUGGAGGCAAAGAAAGCCUGGUCACAACAACAACCGUGACCAUGAAAAAGGGAGAACCUGUCACCGCAACACAGACAAUGCACACCAUUCCUGCUUCGUCUUCUUCAACGACUUCGCUGUUCGCCCAUCCAACUACUCCGGCAGCAAGACCAUUUCCCAGCCGAACAAAGAUUCAAGCGUCCGCUCCACCAGCAUCUGAUGAUGAAUCAGAUUUUACAAACAUGAAUGAAAAUCUACAGAAUAUCAGCCCCAACAUCAGAGAAUAUGGCGCAGGGAGCCAAAUCAAUUCAAGAAUGCAUCAGUUUAUCCAGAGAACUAUCAUGAAACCAGAAAGCUGUGGUCCCUGUGGCAAGAGAAUUAAUUUUGGCAGGAUGGCCUUGAAGUGUAUAGAUUGUCGAGCUAUUGCUCACUAUGAUUGUAAAGAACAAGUACCAUUACCCUGUGUGGCCAUGGGAACUACACCAACCGGAAAAGGCGCAGUAAAGGGCACCAUUUCUGACUUUACUCCUUCGAUUCCACCUAUGGUACCUGCUCUUGUAAUCCAUUGUAUCAAUGAAAUAGAACAGAGAGGUAUGUCAGAAAUUGGACUCUAUCGCGUUCCGGGAUCAGAUAAAGAAGUGAAGGCUCUUAAAGAGAAAUUCAUGCGAGGAAAGGGUGCUCCAAAUUUAUCACAAAUCAAAGAUAUUCCAGUAAUUUGCAGUUGCUUGAAGGACUUUCUGCGUAAUUUGAGUGAGCCGUUGAUUCCUACGUCAAUGUGGGGUGAUUUUGUCAGGGCAACAGAAGCAGAGAAAACCAAGGCGUUGGACGAAUUUCGUGCUAUUUUGUACCAAGCUAUUUACUGCAGUCUUCCACAACCAAAUCGAGAUACACUAGCUUACAUAAUCCUCCACUUGCAAAGGGUAGCAGAAUCGCCGGAAUGCAAAAUGCCUAUCAAGAGUUUGGCUGAUGUCUUUGGGCCAACCCUAGUUGGGCCGAAAAUCAUGUCUGCCGAUGCCAGUACAGCUUUCAAAGAAAACCAUCAAGCAUCACAGGUUGUCGAGUUGCUUUUGAAAGUCCCAUCUGACUUUUGGGCCGCAAUAAUUUCUCCUUCUGCCACUGUUGGCCCUUACAGCCAACCCACAACUCCAUAUAAUAGUGGAAUGCGGAACACGCCAUCUACAGAAAAUUUAAUGCGUCAGACAGUCAAUAGACUCUUCUCUGGUACCCCUCUGGGGCAAAGGACGCGCCGAAAGAAAAGGUUCUUCGACACACCUCCAAGCCUCAAAAAACAAUAAUUAGUAUCAUUCUAUUUCCCUGCUGUAAGUGCAGGAUAAUUAUAUUCAUAUUAUAUCUGUUAACUAUCUUACUUAGUUGAACGUGUACUUAUGUCACCCAGCCACUAACAUUAUCGUAAUUUUAAGUCUUUUCUCCUCAUUAAGUGCUAGGUACCCUUUUUUGCCAAUUCUCAUAAGUCAAUUUCUUCAAAUUUUCCAGUUUAUAACCACACCUGUGCAGAAAAAUAGUCACUUUUAAUUUUUUGGAUCAUUCGGUCAUAUUUUUGUACGAAUUUACCAUCAGGUUUUCACCCUUGUCUGUUGAUAUUAUGUCGUAUACCUUUGUCCAGGUAGAUGUACUUAUGUAAUAAGACUUAAAUAUUUUCUUAAAUUGUUACUUUUACCAAUUUUAUAUGAAAAAAAAAAAAAGACUGUAUAUAAAUUGAUCUACUCCAUAAUAAUUAUAUUAAGUUAAGCUUGCGGAUCUGACUUUGAAAAUAAACAUCUCAGGUCUAGAAAUGUC